CAUGAAUGGCAGCACCUUGCAAAAUAUUUUAUCACCUAUUUCUUUGGAAGAAAUUGACAAAAUAGUUAAAAUUAACCAAGAAGAACUAUUAAAAAGUUGUCAAACCAUUCACCAAGUCAUUCAAGAAGAAAUUGAAAUUGGAAUUCCCCCAUGGAAUAUUUUUCUGGUUGGCUAUUCUCAAGGAGGUAAACAGGGAAUUUAUGAUUUGAGGGAAUAUUUACGAGAAAAGCUCUAUCAAUAUAACUCUAUCAAAAAUGAGGUUGCUCUCCAAAUGUCUUUCCAAAACAAGAUAAAUUUAGAAGCUAAUAA